AGGGAUCCCCGGGCGGAAAACACCCCGGGGGAGGACUCACCUCAGCCAUGGCCAUCGCAGCCCCCCAAGUGGCACCGGGACCCGCGAGGCGCCGCUGACGCUCGCACUGCCGGAGCCGGAGCAAGAGCCGGAGGCCACGUCACCCCGUGCCAGGGGGGCGUCCACCCGAGGUGACACCGCGCUCAUCCGGGGGGACGGAGGCGGCCGCUCCAUCACCGCGGGCAGCGCCCACCUCGCCGCAGGACCAUGAAGCUCAACGAGCGCAGCCUGGCCUUCUACGCCACGUGCGACUCCCCGGCCGACAGCGCCGGCUUCCUCUACAAGCGGGGCGAGCGGCACGGCGCCUACCACCGCCGCUGGUUCGUGCUCAAGGGCAACAUGCUCUUCUACUUCGAGGAGCGCGAGAGCCGCGAGCCCGUGGGCGUCAUCGUGCUCGAGGGCUGCACCGUGGAGCUCUGCGACUCGCGCGGCGAGUUCGCCUUCGCCAUCCGCUUYGGYGGCGCCAAGUCCCGCACCUACGUGCUGGCGGCCGAGAGCCACGCGGCCAUGGAGGCCUGGGUGAAGGCGCUGUCGCGCGCCAGCUUCGACUACCUGCGCCUCGUGGUGCGCGAGCUGGAGCAGCAGCUGGCCCGCGUGCAGUGGAGCAGCAACGUGGAGCGGCGGGUGUUGGAACGGGAACCGGAGCAGGUGCCGGAGCGGGAACUGGAGCGGGCACCGGAGCAGGACCCGGAGCGGGCGCUGGAGCGGCGGGCGCCGAGGGAGAACGGCUGCGCCGUGUGGAACAUGGCUCCGGGUACUGACCCGCUGCCCCGCGGCGCUGCCCCGCACCGGGCUAGCGGCUGUGAGGCUGAGGCCGGUCCCAGACCGCCGCCGGUGCCACCGCGGUGCCGGGCGUCCGGCGGGGAGCCGGCCGGGAACACCACGGAGCCGUCUGCCUUCUCCCGGCUCCACGAGCGCUACGGCUCCGAGGUGGCGCGGCUGCGGCAGCAGUGGCUGGAGAGGCAGCAGGGCCAGCAGCCCUGA